GAACUCGCGGCCGGCGACCUUUACAAUUUUAUGAGAGAUCGCUCUUCAUAUUGCUUCCAGCAUGGUCGCAGGUGGACCACCCAAAUAGCCCUCGGGAUAAAUGCCCUUCACAAGAUUGGAAUAAUUCACCGGGAUAUCAAAGCCGAAAACAUCCUGAUCGAUGUUCGAGAGAACGCUAGGAUCACUGAUUUUGGCUUGUGUUAUGUACACACAGACAAGGGGCCCCUGGAGCGACAGUGGGUGUAUACGAGAGGUACGAUAGGAACGACCCACUGCAUGGCACCGGAGGUCCUGCGCAACAAAACCGACCCCCGUUCUAUGGGGUACGGAGUACCCGUAGACUGGUGGGGGCUAGGCUGUAUCAUCUACGAGCUUGUUUCAAAGACACAUAAGGCACGUUUCGCGUCUUCCUUCGCUCCUAUCUUACUGAUACCAUCUUGUCAGACGUUAUUUUCCACGCAGGAUGACAUAUCAUUCUAUGUUUCUUGGGUCUCCAACCCUGACAGAACGUCCAAGCGGUUCCCUGCCUUCGAAGAACUCCAUGAAGUUAUCGCCGAUUUACUUUCAGGACUGCUACAUUGUGACCCAUCCUCACGGUAUGGAUUCCGUGAGCUCAUAGUCCAUAAAGCGUUCUUGCUCCGAUGUGGCACGUCAGAAUUCUCCGGCGCAUUCUCUCGUGCGCUUGAACGCGAAGAACUGCCUGAUUCGCUGCCAGACUUAAAACGUGGAUUGGACAUUUACACAGCACCGGUUUGGUUUCGCCUACCUUACUGUGAGAAACCACGCGUUUCAAAUGUGGAUUGGAUCAAGCCGGCGCUUUUUUCUACGGACUUAUGAUGUUCUCCAGUUGGCAUUUGUUUCGUUGUGAUAGUCUCCAUUUCAAGCACUUCAUUCCACUGCGUCUCCCUUCCUUGUUACAAAUAAUCUUACAAUGUACUUCGGUCUAGAUACCUUAGCUCCCUGAUUCCUUUAUUGUGUUCACAUAUAUCUUUCACAUUUUCAAUUCACUGUUUGUUCCAUGUCUCCAGGCGGUGGUGGAAUCGGAAUAGAUAUUUGAAGUUUAACUUUA